AUAAAUACUUUUUCGUGGUCGAUAAUGAGUCAUGCGUUUGCGUGCAUAUUAUAUAAUAUUCACAACUAUUAUAGUCGGUCCGAUCAAUAGCUGGCAAGGUAUAUACUCAAACAAAAACGUUCACCAGGUAGGACAGGAAAAAAAAUUCUGGUUUGCAGCAGUACCUAUAAAGAUAGAUCGCGGACCCCGUGCAGCUGUUUGUACUUGUACUAUGAAAUUACCACAACAUUUUAUCUGUAUGACAAUGCUCGACCGGUCACUCCUCACAGCCGGUCGUCGCUGGUACAUAUUUCAAUGGAAGCGGAGACGACUACAGAACGCGUACCGCCAUCCCGCCACAACGAAACUUAGGCGACGCCCUUCGAGUGCCUACAAAUUGUCGUCGGAACCGGUGGAAACGACAUCAGUGCACCGAGUGAGUUACAAACCACCACGUGUAAUUUUAACUCAAAAGCAAAAGCUGAUAUCUGCCCUAGGCGCGCUCUUGUCGACGAAUCACCAAGGUCCAGGAUACCUAUUAGAAGUCACACCACUUACACGACCUCAUAUUACACAAACCAUCCGAAUUUAAGACUUCUAGGACCGACACCAGAAAAAUUCCGUCAGAUGCAGGGUUCGAAUGAAGGUUAAUGAUUUUUCAGUUUUAAAUUGUAAUCAUUAUAAUAUUGUACAAAUUAUAUUGCUAUGAAAAAAUGCAUUUUGAUAAUAAUUUAUUUAUUUAGAAAAUUUUUUUAAAACAAUGAUUCAGACAAAUUUGUUUAUUUAUAAUGUAUUUUAUUGGAUGUACCUUUAACCUAUUGAUUUAAAAUUAAGUUUUCAACCUACUAUAUAGCUAUAUAGCCAAUAGGUCUGUGAAGUUGGUAGUAAUAUUGAAAAAAUAAUUUAUUUCAGCUACGGGCUAAAGUACGGACCCCCAACUUUGGCCUAUCGAAUCCGGACCAGUGCCAAUAUUUAGCAAUCUUUUAGCAACUAAUUUCAACCGACAAAAAAAAUUGCAACCUACUACUAAGUGGAGUGGACGAUAUAUAUUAAAAAAAAUGUAUUUUUCAACUGGAAAUUUUAUAAGGAAAAUAUUUUCAAAAAUUUUAAUAUAUUUUAUUAGUUAGUUAUUAUUGUUCAAUCAUUAAAUCAUACCUAUUACGUAAUGAAAAGUUAUUUAAUUUUAAAUUAAUCAAAAUAUAAUUUUAAUUAC